CAGAGGGACAAUGUUGCACAUUCUAAUAUCUAAACCCUUGCAAUGCACUUUGUAGCGGCCAUGUGCACGGGUAACGCCCAAAGAAGCCAGCUGUCAGGGUAAAAAUGACAAGUUCGAUUGGGCUUCUUUGGAGAUAAUUGUGUGAAGCACCAUGAACGUCCCUGAAGAGACGCUCCUCAAAUAUGACUGCCCGGUUGUCGUUCCUAGAACCGCAGAUAAAAAAACAGCAAAGAGACCAAAAACUCCCUUGAAGUCCAAAACUCCGCAGCCUACGAGCAGCUCUGUGGCACGUCCUCGCAAGUCCAUCACAGCCACCCUUGAAGACAUCAAGCAGAAGAAUGAAGACAUUCUCACUCUCAUGUUUGCGCCCAGGAGAUGGAUGGAGGGAAACCAAGAGUGGUUUCAGAAAGUCUCCAGUGCACCGUCCACUCGAGUGGACGUGGUGAACCUGGAGGAAGAACUGGACAGGAAGUUGGUCCAGCUGCAUUCCAUGGAGACGGGCAUCUGCCCUGUGAGAAGACACUUGUACACCCAGUGCUUUGACGAGCUGAUCAGACAAGUGGUCCUCAUCGGCGCUGAGAGGGGUCUCUUGUUGCUGCGGGUAAGAGAUGAGAUCCAAAUGACCAUUGCUGCCUACCAGAAGUUCUACGAGAGCAGUAUGGUGUUUGGGAUGAGGAAAGCUCUACACGAUGAGCAGGACAAGGCGGCCUUGGAGGAGAAGAUUUGUGAUUUGGAGAACUUAAAAGAGGAGCUGGUGGAGCGACUGAAGCAGCAAAAAGGUAAACGUAUAGAAUUGGCAAAAACGUCGGUGGAAAAAAAGCAAGUACAGGAAAGUGAGCACACGGAGCAGAUUCAGCUGCUGAGGAAAACCAACCAGCAGCUCAAGGUGCAGCUGGAAGGGGCCCUCACAGCAAAGAAAUAACAACAUCUACUUUAAAAGUCUGGGAUUGCCAUCACCGUCAAAUUCAAACCAAUUGGCUUCAACAGAUGAAGUUAGAGAGAGGACAGACUUUUGUGACGUUUAUUAUUUGACACUGUAAAGCAACAUUUACCUCAUUCCUUCUUCUCUUUGGCAUUUAUCUUGUGUAAAGUGACCUGCACAAUGAUUUAAAGUGACCUGCACAAUUAUUUAAAGUGACCUGCACAAUGAUUUAAUGUGAUCUAUAGAAUGAUUGCACUUAAUGCAAACUUGAUUCAGUCAAUACCUUUUCAGUACUAGGCCCACAAUCAUUUGUUGUUGUUUGCUAUUUUCUCCCCACACAUUCACACACUCACUGUUGUUGUUUGCUAUUUUCUCCCCACACACAUUGUUGUUGUUUACUAUUUUCUCCCCACACAUUGUUCUUUGGUAUUUUCUACCCGCACACAUUGUUGUUGUUUGCUAUUUUCUCCCCACACAUUCACACACACACAUUGUUGUUUGCUAUUUUCUCCCCA